GGAGCCUGCUGCCUGGAGCUCUUGCCCCAUCCCAGCCAGUGCCACUGCCCUCUCCUCUCCGCACCAUGCAGGCCUCGGAGAAUCAGCAGCUCUUCGACCCCAUCUCCUUUGGGGCAGAUCUUUUGGCUGGGGGCAUCGCAGCCGCCGUCUCCAAGACCACGGUUGCGCCCAUCGAGCGGGUGAAGCUGCUGCUGCAGGUGCAGGCCUCAUCCAAGCAGAUCCGUGCUGACCAGCAGUACAAGGGCAUGAUAGACUGCUUCGUGCGCAUCCCCAAGGAGCAGGGUUUUUUGAGCUUCUGGCGUGGCAAUCUGGCAAAUGUUAUCCGAUAUUUUCCAACACAGGCUCUAAACUUUGCUUUUAAGGACAAAUACAAACAGCUUUUCAUGUCUGGAGUGGAUAAAGACAAACAGUUCUGGAAAUGGUUUUUUGCAAACCUAGUUUCUGGUGGAGCAGCUGGAGCAACAUCUUUGUGUGUAGUAUAUCCACUAGACUUUGCACGAACUCGAUUAGCUGCUGACAUUGGGAAAGGUCUUGCUGAGCGACAGUUCAAGGGCCUGGGUGACUGUAUUAUUAAAAUUGCAAGGUCAGACGGACUUGUUGGCCUGUACCAGGGGUUUGGUGUUUCAGUACAGGGAAUCAUUGUGUACCGAGCUUCCUAUUUUGGAUGUUAUGACACCAUUAAGGGGCUAUUGCCAAAUCCAAAACAAACACCAUUCAUUUUGUCCUUUCUCAUUGCCCAAGCUGUGACUACAUUCUCUGGGAUACUGUCUUAUCCCUUUGACACUGUCAGAAGACGCAUGAUGAUGCAGAGUGGAGAGGUUGAACGUCAAUAUAAAGGAACUAUUGACUGCUUUUUCAAGAUAUACAAACAGGAGGGACUUAAAGCUUUCUUUCGGGGAGCCUUCUCCAAUGUCCUUCGUGGAACUGGAGGUGCGUUAGUGCUGGUGCUUUAUGACAAAAUUAAGGAACUUUUCAAUUUGGAUAUUUCAAAGAGUUCAUCAUCUGACUAAAAUAAUGGAUAAGAAUCUAUUUUGUCUGUAUAACAUAUAAUGAUACAAGUCUCCUCAUUUGGAUGACAUGUUAGUAGUUCACUAUUGUGCUGUUAAUGCUGUAAUAAAAACUAAAGAGUUAUUUGUUUU